GGUCGCACCGCAGGGGAGCUCCCCUCGCGAGGGGCGCGUCGUGACCAAAACUGUCGGCAGGCACGGCCAAGCAGGCGUCCGGACUCGGGGUCGUGUGAGGUGCCUGCGGCUGAGCUGAGGCGUGGAGAGAAAGUCUGUGGUUCAGUCGCGAUAGAAAGUUUUAACACCGUUAUGUGUCGGGUCCUACUCGUUUUUUAAUUCUCAGAGGCAGGUGAUGGAGACGUAAGUUUCUGGCUGUCUCCACGCAUCGCUUUUAUUUUAAAUGCUUCUCUGUGAAGAAGUUUAGGUAUGAGCAUGCCCUUGAUCAGUUUUCAUUUGACACUAACUUGUACAGACCUGGCUGCCUUGAGCACUGCCUUAGGCUACCUGGCUAGUCUGUUGUCUUUUCCUACUGCAGUCACCUAUUUCCCUUGUAGGCAAGUAAUAGCUAUAAAGGCUCUGCAGCAGUCUUCUUACGAUUCAUAGUGUGAGCCUCAUAGUCUGUAAUGGUGCUCCUCAGCUCUCCGUGGGGGUGUGUAAAAGAAGGAUAUAAAUUGUAAAUUUUGCUUUAAACGGUGGGACUGUACUCUCAAUUUUGUGGACCACCUGUGUGAGUACACAAUACAUUUUCCAUUUCUACGUGGCUCCUCAGGUUGGUUCUCUAUCUGUUAUUCACAUCAGACCUGGGAUUGCUUUUGAGAGGCAGAAAUAAUGUAUGGUUGUUCUUACGUUCAUAGCUGUAAUUGUAAGCAAAGGACAAAUAACUGGAUUUUGAGCAUCAAGCCAAUGUGAUGGGACCAAGCAAGCCAACGAUGUCUGAUGCUACAUUUGCAUUUGCUACUCAGCUAUACAGGAAUGAAGCAAAGGCUUUACAAACACAGCUCCAGUUUAAUAGAAAUGUUCCUGCACUUCCAGAGAACUUGGCUCUCAGAUUCUCUAACCCCCCUCCAAUUAUAAUAGAAAAACUGAAGGCAUCCAAUGAUCAGAGAAAUCUAGCUGGAAGUGAGGACCCCAGCAUAAGAAGCUCUGGCAUGUUUUCAGCGGUAUCUGAAGAGAGACUAAAAUUGGCUAUUCAGCUAGCCAAAAGGGACAUAAAGCGAAGACAUCUUGAAGAGCAAGUGAAACAGCAAGUGUUUGGAGAUGCUGUCAAUAAGCCGUUGUUGGCCCAGAAGCCACAACAGCAGAAGACUGAGGUAUUUGAAAGUCCAGAAAAUAAGAAUGCACUGAAGUCUCAAACUUGCUUGAAUUAUCAGCAGAAACUCAGUCAGCCUUCCAAAGUGGAGACUACCACCUCUGGCGCUAAAGUUUAUCUCUACACACCAAAUAAGGGAAAGCUAAUACCAGCUGUUUUGGACUCUCCACCCACCCAUGACACAGGACUGGACCCCAAGCCAAAUGUAAACAAAAAAGAAGAUAAAAAUGUGCAGGAAGUCCUACGGCUGCAAAAAGAAUUGAGGAGCUAUGUCCAGAAAAUUGAAGAACUGACUAAAAAAGGGAGAGAGAGAGAAAUUUUAGGUCCUGAUGAAGAGCAACGACUUUGCACUAGGAGACAGAAACAAGCUGCACGGUCAGCUCGGAUGCUGUAUGUACUCCAGCAACAGGUAAAAGAAAUUCAGGAUGAUUUAGAGAAACUGAGUCCUCAUAAAAUCAAACAUACCAAAAAGUCUCGAGCAGUAUCCAGAUUGGCAGCAGCACACAGAGGAGCUGUACGAGCCUUGCAGGCAUUUGCCAAUCAGUUUACAGAUCAAACAGAGCAGCAGAUUCCUACCCACUACAAGGAACUGGGCAGUCUCAUUCGACAACUGUCUCUCUGUUCUGCCAAACUAGAAUUGGAUUCUUCCAUUUCUGACGUUAUCAUAGACAUUUUGCUGCAAGUUGAGGAUCUGGAUUCACUGCUGGAAAAGAAACAAACACCCAAAAAAGUGAAGAAAUGUAUUUCAGCAUCUCAGGGCAAAUCUCCAAGGAACACUGAGACAUUUCCAGCCAGAAAGCAGCUUACAUCUCCAAAAGGAGAAAACAAACUUCUUGUCUUAAAGGGACAGCAUGGACAAGAACCUAGAAAACCUCCAGCUGCCAGGAGUCUCUCAACUACAGUUCAGAAGGCAAACAGUUGUGCUCGUAUACUGCACAAUAAAUUCCGAGAAGAAAAUGACCCACCUGUGCCAGAGAGAAAUGCCACUUUACAAGGAAACACAGAUGCAUUGAUGAGAGCUAGAGCUGUAAAAAAAGAUCCCAUCCUUGAAAGUGGCCCUUGGAAGAAGAAAGGCAUGUUAUUACCUGCAAAAUCACAGGGAAUGCUGAAAUCUCUAAAAUCAAGACAGGUACAGCCUCAAGGAAAGCAUGCCCAAUUUCAAGAGACAACUAUAGCUUUCCAGCUAAAAGAGAACAAGCGACUUGUUAAGGAGAGCAGAAUACCCUGCGUGCCUCCAAACCCUACACCUCCACCUGUUUCACCUAAGCGACUAGCAUGGCUUGAAGCAGAAACUUCAAGAGUCAAGGUUCUAAGUGACCUUCACAGAGGAGAAAUGAAAAAAAUACAAAAGUUAAGGUCACAAAGUGCUUCUCCAGCGCAGCAUGCAGACAAAGUUGAGAAGGCAGUAUGGGAGCGCUUAGAACCUCCGUUAGACAGGACACAGCAGGUUGCAGCAAAUGCAGAUAUUCUGAGUGAAAAGCUAUUGGAUGAUCUUUUGGAAGAUACUGCUCAGGAACUGUGGAGUAUGGAGCAGCAUGAGAGACUCCAGACCGAGGCUCUGCCUGUGGCUGACACACAUAGUCUGGAUUCAAUGUUGCAAAGAAUGGAAGAAAUUGAAAGAUACCAGGAGGCUGUACGCAGGAGAUUCACCCGGAUUGUGUACAGUGAUUCUGAGUUCUGGGGCCAGGAGGACAAAAUGGAACAACAAAUUGCAUCAAUAGCUAAAAGACCUACAUCUCCUCAUCCAAUUCAGAUAACCAAAUUAAUUGGACGCACAGAGCCAGAAGUGAACAUUUUAUUUGAAAAAGUUUUUGAUGGCAAUGAUGUUGAGGAAAACAAAGAAGCAGAGGAGAAAUUGCAGACUGAAAAUGACAUUCUGCAGCCCUUGACUCGGAAUUCUCUGCAGAAAGAGUUCUGUGUGUGCCUGUCUGUGCCAAAGCAUAUGCUCCAGAGCAUCUUGGAUUAUAACAGCAGAUACAAGCAUCACUUAAAGCUUAUUUCACAUGAGGCAGUAGGCAGUUUCAAUCCAUGGCAGAUCGCUGAGAGUCUUGCAGAGCAACUAACAGAAGAAGCCCUAAGUGAUGUGGCAGCAGAACUGCAGGAUGUUUGUGAGGAUUAUGCAGAAGCUGUGUUCACAUCAGAGUUUUUGCAGCCAGAUCAGUAAAUACUUUCAAAUCUGCCCCAUUAUCAAAUGCAACAUCAGCCUCAGUCCAACAGUGUUAUCAGAUGAUCUCAUUUUUUAUGUUGUUUUAAAAGUCUGUGAGAUUCUGUUCACAAAAUGAAUUGACUCCAUCAAGGAUUCAUCUCAGGUUUUUAUAAAACCAUUAUCAUAAUGUUUUCCUUUUCAGACUUUAUUAUACUGCAUUUAUCAGGCCUUUUUUUUUC